AUGGACGAUCUUCUGUCCUACGAGCUUCCAGAUGCAUCUAUUUACGACAGCUUGAAAUCAAGUCUUCGCAAAGUGCAUGACAAAAUGGAUGUGCAUCGUUCGUUGCUGGACCGAUACUCAGCAAUUGAUAUGAAAGACGGUCCCUCUUCUGUGGAAGAACGAGUUGCUUCAAAAUGCCGCGAGCUAGGCGAGCGUAUGGCCAGAUGA